GGGUUGAAGCCGGUUAGCAUUUCGUGAAUCCCAUUAUGCAAGUAGUUGAGCAGACGUCAUUGGUCCACACUGAGUCCCGCUAAAGCAAGCGAUCAACCUCGACCGUAACAUAAACACGGUCAUCCCAUCCUCCCAUAUACAUGCCAACAUGAUAAGAAAAGGAGGCCUGAUUGCUGUCAACCCCUUUGGCAAGUCGUGGAAGCAGAAAAUGAGCACCACACCGACAGCGCCAAUUCAAUUUGGCCCCUUUGAGGUGACAUCACAGGUCUUCCUCACGACCCCCCACUCCUUCGCCCUAGUGAACCUCAAGCCCCUCCUGCCAGGUCACGUCCUCAUCUGCCCGCAAAAGCCGCACAAGCGACUUACGGACCUGUCGACACCAGAGCUCACAGACCUAUUUCAAGCCGUGCAGCGCGUGCAACGCAUGCUAGCACGCCAUUUCUUCGCCGGCGGCGCAUCUGACCGGGCAUCUUCAUCCGCCCCCGCCAACACCACAGAAGACUCGUCAGCCACCACUCCCAGCGACAAGGAUGGAAAGACCCAGCCGAGUCCCGCCACCGGCACCCCCGAAGCAGGAUCCUUCAACAUCGCCAUUCAGGACGGUAUCGAAGCCGGCCAGACGGUGCCGCACGUCCACGUGCACGUGAUCCCGCGGAUUCGGAACCUGACGGAGAAGAGCGAGGGGUUGGGCGAUUACUUGUAUGAGAAGAUGGCGGCGGAGGAGGGGAAUGUCGGGGGGGCGCUCUGGGAUCGGGAACAGGUGAGACCCACGCCCGGAGGGGCGUUUGCGAGGAUUGAGGACGCGGAACGCAAGCCUAGGAGUUUGGAGGAGAUGGAGGAAGAGGCUAAGAUGUUUAGGGGGUUGUUGGAGGAGAUGGAUCAGGAUGGGAAGGGCGGGGCGGAAGGGGGUGUGGUUCAGGUUUGAGUCGUUGGUCGAUGAGGUAUAGAUGGCGAUUUAUGUCGAUUGCAUGUCUUGAGCCUGUGAAUAAUUCAUCGCCGCGGCCUAGUCUCCAUUCUUUCUAUAAAAUUGCAGCAACACCAGCUGCACCUGUGUAUGCCUUUGGUAUAACUCAUGAUAUCCGUCGUCGUUUGUUGUGAC